AUGCCUGCGAGUCGUGAACUUACUAACAAGAAGAAAGAUCACAAGGAUCGACAGCAACGCGGUCCCGUAGGCAUAGGUAUAGGUGGACCAAAGAAGGGUGGAGCUGGAGCUCAUAAUUGGGGUGUGCCAACAGCAGCUUCAGUUGAUGAAGAAGAAGAAGUUGUUGCAGUGGACCGCAAUGAUCCAAAUUACGACAGUUUAGGAGAGAAGUAA